ACCCAAAACGGAAUAUCGAUUAAUCUCUAAAUCCAUAAAAGGAAUUGACAGAUAAAUACAUUUUUCCCUCCAACUUACCCACAACCAAUCAGAAGCGAAAACUUCUAGGGUCGUACUGUUUGAAAUGAACCUGGGAUAGUAUAAAACAGAACAAGGGCUCACCAUUUUAUUCAAAACAUUGAUAGAGAACAAAGCAGACGCAGUAAUUGCACGAUGUGGUGGAUAUUGGCCUCUAUAGCAGUCGUUGUUUUGGCGUAUUGGUUGCUGACUCGCCCUCACAAGCACUGGGUAAAAAAGGGUGUACGACAAGGAACUCCAAGAUUUGUUUUGGGAGAUAAUGGUGGAAUGGUUUUGGGGAAACAGUCGUUUGCAGAAAUGGUUGAGAUGGUUUAUAAUACGUGUCCAAAUACCAGGUACUCAGGCUUCUACCAGUUUUUUCUACCAACCCUUUUACUAAAAGACCCCGAUCUCAUCAAACAAAUCACCGUCAAAGACUUCGACCAUUUCGUAGACCACCGAAAUUUUAUUCCCGAAGAUAGCGAUCCACUAUGGGGGAAAAAUCUUUUCGCAUUGACUGGGAAUAAAUGGCGUGAAAUGCGGGCAAAACUCAGUCCGGCUUUCACCGGCAGCAAAAUGAAGCACAUGUUUGCUUUAAUCUCACAAAGUGGUCAACAAUUCGUAGACCACUUUUUAACUACAAAGCAAGAUUUUAUUACUGUUGAAAUGAAAGAUACCUUCACUAGAUUCACUAACGACGUCAUCGCAAGUACCGCUUUUGGAGUCCAGUGUGAUUCUUUAGACGACACCAACAACGAGUUUUAUCUCAUGGGAAAAGAAGCCACUAAUUUUGACGGUUUUUGGAAGAAUCUGCGAAUUUUUGGAUACAUUCUAGUACCUAAAUUGUUGAAGGCUUUCAAAGUGACACUAUUUCCCAAAGAAGUCAGCAACUUUUUCAAUACUUUAAUCAUGAAUAAUAUUCGCGCCCGUGAAAAACACGGAAUUGUAAGACCUGAUAUGAUCCAUCUUCUUCUUGAGGCUCGAAAAAAUGGAGAAACCCAAAACGUUCAAGACCAAGAUAUCAUCGCUCAAGCUUUAAGUUUCCUCUUCGCCGGUUUUGACUCAGUUUCGGCCCUCAUGUGCUUCAUGUCCCACGAACUUGCCGUUAAUCCAGACGUCCAGCAACGACUUAUCCAGGAAGUAGAUGAAACGGCGGAAGCUUGUAAUGGUAAAGUCACUUACGAGGCUCUCCAUGGUAUGAAAUACAUGGACAUGGUUGUCUCUGAAACCUUAAGAAAAUGGCCAGCUGCUGUUGCUACGGAGCGAGUUUGUACAAAAUCCUACACCAUCGAGCCUAAAUUUCCAGAUGAGAAGCCUAUUCACUUGGAAAAGAAUGCGGUUGUUUGGGUGCUCAUUUUUGGGCUUCAUCGAGAUCCUCAAUACUAUCCAGAACCAGAACGCUUUGAUCCUGAAAGGUUUAGUGACGAAAACAAAGCCAGUGUGAAACCCUACACGUAUUUGCCUUUUGGAUCAGGACCUAGGAACUGUAUUGGUUCCAGAUUUGCUCUCCUGGAAACUAAAACGCUGUUUUUUUAUAUUUUGUCACACUUUGAAAUAGUUCCAGUGGAAAAAACACAAAUACCUUUAGUUUUAAGCAAGAAACACAUUAAUUUGACUGCGGAAAAAGGGUUCUGGUUAGGGCUUAAACGUCGCUCUAGAUCUAGAAUGUAAUAAAAUAUAAGUUUUAAUUUC